AUGUUUUGGCUUUCUGCCUUGCUCUUGUCUUGUGUCAAGCGUGUCGAUAUCCUUCCCUUUUUCCGCUCUGAUCAUUCCAUUGUAUAUUUGGAGCUUUGUCUUCCGUCCGGCACCCAUCGUGGACAUGGUGUUUGGAAGUUGAAUACUCGGCACCUUUCAGAUGAGUCCUUUGUUAAACUAGUGUCGGACUUUUGGUCAUCUUGGAGAGUGUAUAAAUCUUCUUUCUUGUCGCUUACUGCGUGGUGGGAUGCAGGCAACGCGCGACUAAAACAAUAUAUCCGUGAAUUUUCUAAGAAAAAAGCUGUCAGCCGUCGAAAGCUCAUUACAUCGUUAGAGCAUACCUUAUUUCAUUUGAACAGACGUCUGCUCGAUGGUGACGAGGUCCUUCCAAUCAUUGAAGAUGUUAAAAGUGAACUGGAGGCUGCUCAUCGAGAUCAAGCGAGAGGAGCCCGUAUUCGCGCAAACGUUCAAUGGGCAGAAGAGGGAGAAGCCUCUACCAAGUAUUUUUUCGGAUUAGAACGUAAACGUGGUCAACGCAUGCAGGAUCUUUACUUCAGUUAAAAACAUGGCCGGCACGCACGGUGGUUUCUACCUUCGUAGGUAUCGCUCGGGCGUGGGUGGCCUUUUAUGGUUUACUAUUUACAUCGCAAAGCCUAGAUCGAAUUGAACAAGACUUCUUCUUGAAUUCCUUGUCAAUGCAACUGUCCAGCGCUGAACAAAGUUUGUGUGAAGGGGGACUAACUGAGGGGGAAUGCAAGAGAGCACUGGAUGCCAUGGCUACUGGUAUAUCCCCGGGCCUUGAUGGACUUGCAGCUGAGUUCUAUCAACGUUUUUGAUCGCUUCUCGGAACUGAUUUUGUCGAUGUCAUUAAUUUUGCUUAUAAUCAUGGACAAUUGUCUCCCUCGCAGCGAUCGGGGGUUAUCACGCUCAUCCAUAAGCGUGGGGAUCGUCUUGAUAUGAAGAAUUAGCGUCCCAUUACAUUAUUAUGCGCUGACUAUAAAAUUGUUGCCAAAGCUAUUACCAAUCGUUUGUUGGGUGUUAUUGCCAAGGUAACUCAUUCGGAUCAAACUUGUGGGGUGCCGGGCCGGAAUUCGUUAGAAAGUGUUCGUUUGCUGAAGGAUGUGGUUUUUCAUGCCAAUCAGAAUCGUAAAGCAGCUGCAAUUAUUUCGCUGGACCAGGAGAAGGCGUUUGAUCGGGUAGAAUGGGGAUAUUUUAUCCCGUGUAUUGAAGACUAUGAAUUUUGGUCAAUCCUUCCAGAAAUGGGUACUUUUAUUAUAUUCAAAUAUAUUUUCCUGUAUCCUGAUCCAUAGUGAAACAACUGAGUUUUUCUCUGUCUCUCGAGGUGUUCGUCAAGGCGUAUCCCAUUAACUCUACGUAUUGGUGGCGGAAACAAUAGCCAGUGCAAUUCGUGCGGACCGUUUCAUCGAUAGUUACAUCUUACCAAAUGGCCGGACGGUAAAGUUAUGUCAAUACGCUGAUGAUACAUCUGUUAUCGUAACUACAGACUUGGCAUUGAAUGCUCUGUUCCAUUUGUUCACACGAUACGAGAAGGCGUCUGGGGCUAAAUUAAAUGUUAAAAUAUGUCAUGGGUUGUUGAUUGGUACAUGGCAAUCUCGUUCUAAUCUACCAAUUGCUCUGGAUUGGUCCAAUGUGGAAAUCAUUGUUCUGGGUUCUCGCAUCUCUAAUGAUAAUGAAGAACAAUGGGUGUCAAAGAUCAAGGCCUUGAAGACUACUUUGUCAGCUUGGAACCGGAGAGCGCUUUCCUUUCGUGGACGCGCUCUCAUUGCCAAUAUGCUGGGGCUAAGUACUCUCUGGUAUAUAUGUUCGGUUUCUGUAAUACCUGAAGAAAUCAUUAAAGCUGUAAAUGGGGAGGUUUUUCCGUUUGUAUGGCGGAAGAAACGAGAAUGGCUGGCUCGCUCCCCAGUCACACAACGACCUAAUCAUGGAGGUUUAGGCGUGGUGGACGUCCAUCGUAAGAUGUUGUCUCUGCAUGUUUUAUGGGUAAAGAGGCUUAUUUUUCGUCCCAACAUGCCGUGGACUAGUUUCUUUUCUCAAUAUCUCAAGCGUGCAUUCCCUGGUCGCUCUGUUCACCAAAUUUUGAUUUUGGCGGUACUACCGAAAUAUGCUAUGGACGCUCUCCCUCCGUUUUAUCGAUCUGUGAUGACGGCUUGGUUUGCUCUGGAACGGAAGUUUGUGGACAAUGAAUACGUCAUUUGCGGUCCUCGGAAAUCUGUAGUCACGCUUGAACAGCUCUCGGCAAGUUUCGUCUAUGACACCCUGUCUCACCAACAUCGCAAGCAACAUCGAUGCGUCAAAAAGUAUGCGAAUUGGGGUCUUCCAGUCGAUUGGUCAAAGUUUGGUUGUCCCUUCUUCUCUGGCGUUUCAUAA